AUAGAAGGUAGUAAGCUGAGAUGUAUAACGAUCGAUAAUUCCUACGAAUUUGUAACGCAAGCGAGUGAUGGGUGAAUGGAUAUAAGUAGUUCGUUUCGUGCCUCUCUUGUCGUGUUAAGCGCGAUCUAUGUGUAAUAGAGCGACACAGGAUAGUGAUAUAGAUAGAGACAGAGAGCUCGAUCCAGUUGGAGUAGAGCAUGAUUGCGGUUAGUAGAAAAAAGCAAGUAGGAAGAAAAUAAGAUGCUUGGACGCAAAUGAAAGUGAGUAAGCGGUUCCCCGGCGUUCCAGUUUUCAGCUGGGCGUUGUCCCCAUAAAAUAGUUGCAUUUCACUCUCGUUCCCAAUGAUGGAUGAUAACUGUGCAAGGUUAAGUGAGUUCGACAGCUAUGAAAUGGUUAAAGCCUUGUACGACUUCAAAGCCACGUUUGCGAAGACCCUUAGCUUUCGGGAAGGUGAAUAUUUUAUUUUACUACAACGUAAUAUCAAGCAGAAGAACUGGUGGCAAGUUGUAAAUAGAGGCGGCCAUCUGGGCUACAUACCAUCUAAUUACGUCACUCCUAUAAAGGUUCAAUCUCAGUUUAUGAUUGACUUUUUGGAAGACUGUAUAAUAACUCUGGAGACAGAGCUUAGUAAACAUAGUGAAUCACUGCAUACAGACAAGCAAGAUCUUCUAGCAAAAUUAGUAGAAAGGAAGAAGCAAAUUGAAUUAAAUAGAAAACCUAAAAAGCAAGCGCCUAAACCACCGUCAGAUUUAGAAGAUAGCAUUACAUCCAAAGAAGCACAAUCGAUUGCUGUCUGUGACAAUACAAAGACAGAUGUUAGAUCAGUGCCGAGUAAUACUUCUUAUACAACAGCACAGACUAUUCCUCAUACUAAUAUUAAUGCAGAUACUGUUCAAGCAAUUAUACAAUGUCAACAACCAGGUAUAAAUGAACAACGUGUACAAACAUUUCCUCGUCAGUCAUCCUCUGAUACUAUGCAAAAAGUCCAGUCACAAAUUACAGAAGUACGUAAGAGUUCUUCCCAAGGCAGCAUACAGAAUAUAUGCUGUGGCUCACCAGCUAAGAGCAACUCGCCUGCUAAAAGCAGCUCGCCGGCUAAAAGCAACUUAUCGUUGCAAGCUAUUAAUUCACGAAGUGCUUAUCAACUACUCGAUCAAGUACGCAAAAAUACUCAACUUAGUUAUGAAAUGUCAAAAGUAGCAGUUACGGUCGUAGUAUCUGGCCUGCGGCAGUUACUGCCAGAAACUGUAAGUCAUUAUUUCGAUGCUUUGUUGCAUCAGCUACAAACACCACUGACUGUAUCAAAGAUGAGUAUAGAAGAAACUUAUGAUGCUAAUAGGUUGAAAAUAAUUUUUACCGAAUUGACUUCGUGCAAAGAAGAUUCACAACAAAGAAGUUGGAUGCUUUAUGAAGAUGAAUCUAUCAUCGUGGAAUAUAUUAAAGAGUUGACCGAAAUAUUGACGAACGCUGAUGCAAAUGUAUCGAGAUAUGUUUUGAGGCAAGAUCGGUAUAAUGGAGUGACAAUAUUAAUACAAUAUUAUCAAAUGGAAACAAGAUGGACUAUUAGACAAUUGUUGUUGCAAUCAUUUGGUGUUAUGUGCAGUUUGGAUCCAGUGGUUCUAACUAUAAUGUUGAAUAGUAUUUUACCAAUGGAAUUAGCAAGAGAUAUGAAGAGUAAUCCCAGAAAUGUACUAAGAUUAAAUUACUCAUCUUUGUUGCUUACAAUGAUCUUCUCGAUGGGUGAGCCCAUGCCAGUUACGCAUUUGGAACAACUUGGUCCAGACUUUAUAUCAUUCCUUUUAGACCUAAUAGAAACACCACCUGAUACAGAUUUAGAGGAUCAAAUUCCUGACUUGUUCGUAAAUUUAAUAUUAUCCUACAAUCUGCAAUUUACAACUUCUGAAAAUAUAGUUCUAAAUGCCUUACGAGAGCGGACUGUGGCCAAAACUUUCACUGAAAAAAUUUUAUUCCUUUUUAACAGAGAAGAGGAUCCGGUACGGAUAUUCGAUCAUGAGCCACAGCCACCACAUUCUGUAUUGAAACUCUUUAUCGACCUAUUCAGUAAUGAUGUUAUAGCAAGUCUCUUCUACACCAAUGAUGUGAAGGUUCUCAUUGACAUUAUAUUACGGCAACUUUUUGACAUGUUCCCGGGUGAUAAGCGUCGACAAUACUUAGAGCUCUGCCGUCGAGUUCUACGUACGUCAAGCUAUAACGAGCACCGUCAUCGAUCAGAAGAUUUAUUAAAAUGUUUUACCAGGAUAUUCUGCGAGGAAACUACAGAAAGUCAAGAAGACCAACAAGUAGUACGUGAAAUUAGCAACGAAUUUCCACAUUUAUUCAAAAUGUGACAUUUAAUUUCAUCCUCUGAUCAAGAUUUGGAAGAGGAUGAUCUGCAAACUCUUGUCUAAAUAAAUCCUUCAAACUCGUCGAAGGUAAAAAAAUCAAAUUUACGAUGAGUUUUGUUAAACUUUAUGGCUCGUUCCUUAUGUCUUCUACUAUACUCAAUAAAAUAAAUAGUAAAACGCACACUAUUUGCAAAAUAUUUAACGAUAUAAUAUAUUUUAUGACUGCCAUAAAGAUUUCCAUUUAGUUGGUGCUACAUCACACUCGUAGAUAGGUGAAAUUGUAAUUGUUUAAUUUGAAAAACAUAUAGAAAAAAAGAAGUCCUUUGCACUCUUAUCAUGAGGACCACUGAUAUCUAAGAGCAUUCCGCAACAUUUUAAUAACUAAAUUAUAUCUUUAGUCUAAUUAAUAAUUCUGUAAUAGGUAAUUGAAUGGGGUAAUUUAUACAUAGAGAUCAUAUUGAAAUAAAAUUUAAUAUAAACAUAUAGAGCUGAAUAUACGCAUCUCUGUGUGUAUUGUUAAAACAGAUGGAGAAAUUAAUUAAAAUUAUAAUAUUUCUCCAUAGUCUAGUCUAUACACAUACACACACAUACAUACAUCUAUACAUGUCCGAAAAAUAUUCUAAGUCAUAGAAAUUAAAUUUUAGCUUGUAUCUUACUUUUCAGAGAGAUACAAAUACUUUUACUAACUUUACUACUCUGGUUAAGCAAAUAACGCUGUUAUUUUGCGAAUGUCUCAAUCAUCUUUACAUAAAAAAAGAACAAAGUAUUAGAUAAAAAUUCAUACAGGAAUUUGUAAGAUUUACUAGGUGCCACUG